UUUCCAUUUCCGCACCCCUUUUCCACCUCUCCAACUCUCUACUUCUUUCGGACAUUUCAUCGAACAUGUUGCGUGCACCCAGUUCGAGAGCAUCAAUUACAAUCAUUUUUGCCCUCAUCUCCAUUCUCCCAUGGCCGACACACUCCGCCAAAACGAGCUAUGUCCAAGAAGCCUGCAGCGUAACACAACACCAAGAUCUCUGUAUCCAAUUACUGUCGCCAUUUUCAAGCAGCGCCAAGCGAAGCCCCACGAAAUGGGCGCGAACGGGCGUGUCGGUGACAAUAUCAGAGGCUAAAACCGUGGCGCGAUUCCUGGGGAGGGUGAAGAACAACAAGCGGCUCAUGGGGAGAAACAGAGCCGCAGUUUCCGACUGUGUGGAGGUCUUCGAAGCCGCCAUUGAUGAGCUCCACAGGUCGCUUGGGGUUCUUAGAAGACUGAGUAAGAGGAAUUUUGACGCCCAAAUGGGGGAUCUCAAUACGUGGGUAAGCGCUGCGCUGACCAAUGAAGAUACUUGCGUGGAUGGCUUUCGAGGGGAAAGUGGAAAAGUAUUGAAUUUCCAAACUGGCUGCUUCCGGUUUCCAAACUGCCCCUAA